GGAGGGAGCAGCUUUGUCUCCAGAGGCGAGGAUUCUGGGAGCUCCCUGGGCUGGAGCUGGGCUUAGGUGUGCUCCGGAGGCUUGGAGAGACGACAGCUCUUUUCAUCAUGUGCGAGGAGGUACAGGCGACCGUGCAGAAACACACGCAGGGCCUGCGACACAGCAAGGAGGAGCUGAACAGGCUUAACCAGGCCAUCCAGCGGCUGACUGCAGAGGUGAACAGCGCUAAGAGUCAGCCCUGUGAACUAGACAGAGCCAGGGAGCCACGAGCUCUGCAGGAGGAGGGUGCCUCAGACAGUGCCCAGGGCAAGCUGGCCUGGCUGGAGGCCGCCCUGCAGCGAGCCAAGCAGGACAUGGCCCGGCAGCUGCGGGAGUACCAGGAGCUCAUGAUCGUGAAGCUGGGCUUGGACUUCGAGAUCGCCACCUACCGCAAGCUGCUGGAGGGCGAGGAGAGCAGGCUUGGUCCGGGAUUUGGGGCAGGAAGCUUCAGGUGAAGAUAGCCCGGAUGCUGAGCCACUGAGGAGGCCAUGUGGUUUACCUGGACCCAGCACCCUGUCCCUCUGACCUGCCCCCACCCCUUCACUUUUAUUUUCCUAGGACUCCUCCUUUGCAAUAAAAGUUCUUCAGUGGACUGAG